AUGACGUUACCUAUCAUAAACAUUCCUUUCUUUCAGAAACUUUUAAUUCUACUGUGUUGCACAUACUACACCUUCGCCUCUCAGCACAGCCAUAUAAUCCCAGUGGAAAACUACGAAACAGAACUACAGGACUUGGGAGAAUACACGGAAACCCACGAAACGCCUGUCAAAGUAAUAAAGAUAACCAAAACGAUCGCGGUAAAGAUUCCAGUGCCAUACCCGGUGAAGGUGAUAGAGAAAGUGCCGUACCCAGUGCAUGUCAAUAAACCGUAUCCCGUGCAAGUGCCGCAUGUUAUUCAGCUGCCUAAGGAGAGGACCGUAGAACUCAGGCCGCAUCAUGAGCAAACUGGCGAAGCGAAACCCAAUGAUGAUUACCAAGCGGAACAAGCCCCGGCCUACGACGCGCCUUCGGGACACGACCACUCGUUCGCACCAUUAACAGAACACACACACGUAGGGGACGGAUUCAACUAUGGAAACAAUCAGCAUGUGUCGGCGGUCGGAAAUGACUAUUACCAAGGCGCUUUAGGCAACUCUUACGGCGCUCCCAACGCGGGUCAUCAUUCAUAUGCAGGCGACGAAGGGCUUAAUUAUGACGAAUCAAAACGGUACCAAUAUAAAGCAGUUAAACCCUAUCAUAGAAAAUAG